GUGACCGGCCAACAUGGCCGCCCGCGGAGACUGCCGCCGGGCGGGGCAGGACUCGGAGCCGGAGUCCGAGCCGGGGCCCGGGCCGGAACGUGGGCCCGAGGCCGGCCUAGAGUCGGGCGAGGAGUUCGAGAUCGUGGACCGGAGCCAGCUGCCGAGUCCCAGCGAGCUGCGGAGCGCGGCGCGGCCUCGAGCGGCCGACGGCUGGUCGGCGCCCAUCCUGACGCUGGCGCGCAGAGCCACCGGGAACCUGUCGGCGAGCUGCGGCCACGCGCUGCGCGCGGCCGCGGGGCUGGGAGACGGCGGCGGCGGCGGCGGCGGGGAGCGCGCAGCUUCCAAAGGCCAGGUGAUGGAGGAGCGUGCCAACCUGAUGCACAUGAUGAAACUCAGCAUUAAGGUCUUACUCCAGUCUGCCCUCAGCCUGGGACGCAGUCUGGAUGCAGACCACGCCCCCUUGCAGCAGUUCUUUGUAGUGAUGGAGCAUUGCCUCAAACAUGGGCUGAAAGUUAAGAAGAGUUUCAUUGGCCAAAAUAAAUCUUUCUUUGGUCCUUUGGAGCUGGUGGAAAAACUUUGCCCUGAAGCAUCAGAUAUUGCCACCAGUGUCCGGAAUCUUCCAGAAUUAAAGACAGCCGUGGGAAGAGGCAGAGCUUGGCUUUAUCUUGCUCUCAUGCAAAAGAAACUGGCAGAUUAUCUGAAAGUGCUCAUAGACAAUAAGCCUCUCUUAAGUGAGUUCUAUGAGCCUGAGGCAUUAAUGAUGGAGGAAGAGGGGAUGGUGAUUGUCGGUCUGCUGGUGGGACUCAAUGUUCUGGAUGCCAAUCUCUGCCUGAAGGGAGAAGACUUGGAUUCUCAGGUCGGAGUGAUUGAUUUUUCCCUCUAUCUGAAGGAUGUGCAGGAUCUUGACAGCGGCAGAGAGCAUGAAAGAAUUACUGAUGUCCUUGAUCAGAAAAAUUACGUGGAAGAACUUAAUCGGCACUUAAGCUGCACAGUUGGGGAUCUUCAAACCAAGAUCGAUGGCUUGGAAAAGACAAACUCAAAGCUUCAAGAAGAGCUUUCAGCUGCGACAGACCGAAUUUGUUCCCUGCAAGAAGAACAGCAGCAGCUGAGAGAACAGAAUGAAUUAAUUCGAGAAAGAAGUGAAAAGAGUGUGGAGAUAACAAAACAGGACACCAAAGUUGAGCUGGAGACUUACAAGCAGACUCGGCAGGGCCUGGAUGAAAUGUACAGCGAUGUGUGGAAACAGUUGAAGGAGGAGAAGAAAGUCCGCCUGGAACUAGAAAAGGAGCUGGAGUUACAGAUUGGGAUGAAGACGGAGAUGGAAAUUGCCAUGAAGUUACUGGAAAAGGACACGCAUGAGAAACAGGACACGCUGGUCGCCCUCCGCCAGCAGCUGGAGGAGGUCAAAGCAAUUAACUUACAGAUGUUUCACAAAGUCCAGAAUGCAGAGAGCUGCUUACAUCAGAAGGAUGAAGCCAUCGCAUCUUUUGAAGGAAAAACCAAUCAAGUGAUGUCCAGCAUGAAACAAAUGGAAGAAAGGUUACAGCAGGCAGAAACGGCCAGACAGGGGGCAGAGGAGCGGAGCCACAAGCUGCAGCAGGAGCUCGGCGGGAGGGUCACUGCCCUGCAACUACAGCUGUCCCAGCUCCGGGACCAAUGCUCAGGUCUGGAGAAAGAACUGAAGUCAGAAAAAGAACAAAGACAAGCUCUCCAGAGAGAGUUACAGCGUGAGAAAGACACCUCCUGCCUGCUCCACACAGAGCUGCAGCAAGUGCAAGGACUGAAGAAGGAGCUACGGGAGCUCCAAGAUGAGAAGGUGGAGUUGCGGAAGGUCUGUGAGGAGCAGGAGCAAGCCCUCCAGGAGAUGGGACUGCACCUCAGCCAGUCUAAACUAAAGAUGGAAGACAUAAAAGAAGUAAAUAAGGCACUGAAGGGACACACAUGGUUGAAAGAUGAUGAAGCGACUCAUUGUAAGCAGUGUGAGAAGGAAUUCUCCAUUUCCCGGAGAAAGCACCACUGCCGAAACUGUGGCCACAUUUUCUGCAAUACCUGCUCCAGCAACGAGCUCGCCCUGCCCUCCUACCCUAAGCCAGUGCGGGUGUGUGACAGCUGUCAUACCCUGCUCCUGCAGCGCUGUUCCUCCACAGCCUCCUGAGGCCAUCAGCCCCACCAGUAGGGACCUUGGCCCGUUGACCUCCAUCCUCAGAAUGGAGGAAAGCCUCAGGUACAGUGCCAAACUCUGGGUCUCCAGAGACCUGCAGGGGCCCAAGAGACUCACAGGAAAGAAUGAAAUCCUCCCCAAU